AUGACAUUUGAUGAUUUGAUCUAUCCACACAUACCUACUUACCUUAUACAGCUCAAACUUCAUCUUUUUGUUCUUCCCACGAGUAGCAAGGUUGAUACCAUGGAACCAUUCCACACCUUGCUCGAUGAUCUACAACUAAUGAAAACUAAUUCGAUUAUCAACGUCCGCUGUAUCCAUGUCUAUGAAGUUGCCGCUCCUAGAGACAGAACCAAUAUCGGCACAAGGAUUCAAGCAACUAUUCAUGCAAGAUUUGGUGCACUAAUUAGGGAAGGGGGUAUAUUUCGUAUACGCAAUUUUCUCGCGAGGCAAAAUCGGCCUCGCAAUCCAGUUACAAAUCAUGCAUACCACAUUAAGAUGAUUUUAAGCACACAAAUGAUUGAAGUUAAUGAGCCUCAAUUUCCAAAAAUGCUUUUUAAUUUGAAGUCAUUUGAGGAGAUUAUGCAGAUUGAUAUCAUUGGUGUGGUUGUCGACACUGGAAAAAUUGUUACGCAUUCUACAUCUAGACUCAUCGAAAUCCGACUAUCAGAUUCUGACCAUAACAUGCUUUUUUGCACAUUGUGGGGAGAUGUUGUUGAUUCCUAUCUUCAACAACUGGAAAGAAUUAAAGGAAAAAUGCCUAUUACUAUUGUUCAAUUUUGCAAGCCAACUUUGUUUUGCGGCACGAUUCAUGUGAGUACCCACUUUAAUACAUCUAGGGUUUACAUCAACCAAGAUAUUGAUGAGAUUUCCAAUUUCAAAGAGAGGAUUUCUGGUGAUGUCGCUUUCUUGUCUCAAGAAUCAAUUUAUCGUUUUACUGAGACAAGGGUGUCUAAUGAAUUUGAUGGCUUGGUCGUAAAGACUCUUGCAGAUGUACAAGAAGAUGUGGAUGGUUCUUACUGGAUUUGUGGUAGAAUUGAAAAUGUUGAGUGUCACUAUGGCCAAUGGUCAUACAAGACAUGCAAACAAUGUGUCAAAAAGGUUGUGAAGAUUAAGAAUGGGUUCAACUGUGAGGAAUGUGAUAAUUCUGAUGGGAUUGUGAUACGAGAAAGACCCUUAUCAAGUGAAAAAGAUAAAGAAAGUCGCAGAGAAACCGUGCUCUGUCGACAAUCGAAAAUUCUAAACGAAAAAACUAAAUAA